AUGGACGGGGCCAGGCCAUCCCGUCCCGACCGUCCAUAUCAGCGCACCUACAAGGCUUGCAUUCCAUGUCGGCAACGCAAGGCAAAGUGCGAUCUGGGAACGGGUCCAGACGGACUUCCAAUCGGCCCACCAUGUGCGCGAUGUCGCAGAGAAAUGCGAGAGUGCAUCUUCCCUGAGAAGCGCGCUUGGGAGAGGUCGCGCAAGCGCGGUCGAUCGCCAGAUGACAACGAAUCUGAGAUCUCACCACCGGAACGUCAAUAUUCGAGCACAAUCGCCGUCGCGGACCACGCCGGGAGUGGUCAAUCCUCGCAAGCUGGACCUCCGCCUCUACAAUAUGACCUCCACUCGACGAGUCCAUUCCAACAAAGCUGGACCUUUGCGCCACCCCAGCAAUCACCACAUGACGCACGCAGCCCUCAGGUUGGCAUCAGUCCGCAGUCAAACGCGGAUGGAUCGGUCAUUGCAAGCUCAUCUUCGGCAAAUGCGUAUGGAGAGUCUCGACACCGGUCCGGUUCCAUCUUAGCAAACUCGAUGAUGCGGACGGUCGUAGCCAGUGGGAACGAUGCUCUCAACAUUUUAUUUGAAGCGGCAACCGCCAGCCAGGAGGAUAAUGCCCCGAGUGGUGAAAGUCCAGCGUACGGGAUAGAGUCCAGAGGGGGCGGUCCAAACGGACACUUUCACACAACUCCUAAGAACUUUGAAAGCCCAGCUGCCUUCGAGCCAAUUCUGCGAGCCAGACGUUCAGUGGAGUUGUCCGAGGUAACAACCGAAAUCUUACGGGUUUGGGAAGCGUGCCGAUUUGUGAAAAUGGGCUGGUUCACUGCUCGCGAAGCGGUGACUUUCCUCGACUUAUUCUACAAAAACAUGUCAUGUCUGUCACCAAUUCUUACUGACUUUUACGCCAACCACCAAAACCACUUGACACUCCUUACACGAGAACCUGUUCUGUGUUCUACUAUUCUUAUGAUCUCGUCUCGUUACCACAUUCUACCUGGCGCCGGUGGAGAGUCGAGGAACUUCUAUAUCCAUCAUCGUCUCUGGCAGUACUGUCAGCAAUUGAUCACACGGCUUAUUUUCGGCCAAGAAAAAUCCACCAAAUCCAAGAUCAGGAGUCUCGGGACUGUCGAAGCCCUCUUGCUGAUGGCUGAAUGGCAUCCCCGCUCACUUCAUUUCCCACCGGACGCUGACGGCUGGGAUGAUGAGCUCUUCUCGAUGGACUUGGUUAGCCCAGAUCAUGCGGAACGGAGCAAAUCAUCGGAAAGUCGCUGGAUCGGAGACAUGACUGAGCCCUCGCGCAGGUCAGAUCAAAUGUCGUGGAUGCUGCUCGGAUGUGCGCACUCGCUGGCUCAUGAGCUAGGGCUAUUUGACACGGAGGAGAGUGACCCCUGUACCGAUGACCAGCAAUGGAAAGAGCAGAUCAGGCUUCGGCGCCAGCGAGACCAACGGCUUCUCUACGUGUAUAUGAAUCAAUUGGCUUGGCGUAUUGGACGCACGUCUCCGAGUCCCCAGUCACUCAAUCAUGCCGUCCUCGGAGGACGCAAGCCCCGUGGAUUGAGUCAACCCGGAAGCACGUGGCUGGUGUUCAUGGACUCAUGGAUUGAACUCACAAAGUUGGCCCAGUCGGUCACUGACAUGUUCUUCCCAUCGGCCAAGUUUGCCCGUCAACAGCUCCACAGUGGUCGCUAUGUCGGCCUACUCGAGCACUUUCGGCCCCUGCUAAAUCAGUGGAAAGACAAAUACCUGCAGCCCAGCAACCUCGACACUGCAUUCUACAACGAUCUCUUUAUCGAGUAUCACUUUGUGCGCGUAUACACUCACUCUGUUGGCAUGCAAGCCGUGGUGGAGCGUGCCGUGGCUCACGCCGAUCUGAAUAAUCUAGACGACGUUCGCCCCAUGACUAUCGAUCCGACCGACUACGAAUACAUUCAAGAGGUGAUCGAUGGGUGCUGCCAGAUCCUGCAAAGGGUCACCAAUCUUGCAGAUGUAGGAGCUCUGCGAUUCUCUCCGGUGCGCAUCGUUCUUCGAGUCACCAGCGCCUCAAUCUUCUUAAUGAAGGCACUCAGCCUCGGCACUCGAGAAAAAACGCUGCGCGAAUCACUCGAGGUCCUUGAGAGGAGUAUCAGCGCACUCAAAUCUAACGCCCUUGACGAUGUCCACCUCAGCACUCGCUAUGCCACGCUAUUGGAGAUGCACGUGUCCCGUUUGCGACGGAAUCUUCUGGCGUCCUCAAAGAUUCUGAGACACAAUGACUCUACGAAUCACAACAGCCGCGGGGUCACUCGUCGCUCGUCAAUGGGACCUCCAUCCUGGCCAGAAAAUGGUGAUCGACCAAGCGCAGUCAACGCACCUGCGCCCCAAGAUAUGACCUCUGACAUGGGCUUCGUGCCUUCUCUGGGCGACAUGGCGGACGACUGGUUGUCCUUGCCAUUUGACCCUUCAAUGGCGCCAUUCGGAAUGAGUAGCAAUGCUCAAUUCCCGAUGUACGAGAGUGGUGGUUUGGACUUUAUUUGGAACCUCCCGUCGUAG